UACUAAUUGUUUCCAUCACGCCAAUCGAGUUCUCUUGAUUAAAGUAGGUCACAACAGUACCUUACUAUGAUUUACCAAUUUCUCUUUCUUCUUUUAUCGUUUAUAUAUUAAUGUUCCUGUCUGAAGGUACUGGUGACCCAUUACUACUAGAUACGGAAGCCUGUUAAGCGAAAGCUUCUAUUCCGUACACAGCCAUUUGAACCAUUUGUGCCGUAUCACGACGCGCGCUGACUAACACUUGCGCUACCUUCGUGAUGAAUAUCUCUCACUGUGUGUUCUGGGUAGUUGUACUUCUGUGUGGACCUCUUGCUGGUCGAAAACACAUCCUUAAUCUAAAGGUUUCAAAUAUUUAAUGCUUUACACGAAUUUUAGAACGAUGGUCGUAAGUCAGUCUUAUGCAGUCAUUUCGGGUUUGCAAAGGAUUCAUUUCUCUCCGUUUUUAUCCAGAAACUGCAAGGUGACUUACAAUAUAUAACUUUUACUCUGGAUAAGGCUGGGGAUUCUGGAGUAACGUCACUUAUUGAAUCCAAGUCAAAUUCUUGUUUUUGGGAUAAGUCAUUUAAAUUUAUUUAUCUCUCAUUUGACAAAUCAUCCAAGUUAGCGGUUUGAUGGUAAUAUUCUGACCUCUUUGCUUAAAUAGAUCACUGGUGAUACAUAAUUAUGAUCCAAAUUAUAAAGGUGUAAUUUUUGAAGCCUCUUCUUUAGAAAUGGAAGAGGAUGGUCAACCUGAUAUCAAACCCAUAGGUUUGAUUGACAAUAUUCAAUACGCUCUUACCUGUUUGCGGUUGGUUACUGACCAAAGCCUUUCGUUGGCUAAAGCAAUAAAUGCCAUAAUAUUAUCUGAACCGAAACUUAUAGAAAAAGUCAAAUUUAUGAAUGUAUUGGAACUUCAUCGACAACAGUAUCUUGUCUAUCAACUUCUACGUGAAGUUGCUGAAUACUCACAAAAUACUAAGGAUGAAGAGCAACAAUUCCCAGGUCGUAAAGCUAAAAAUCACAUUGAACCAAGUGAUGAUUCACAGUUGCAAAAAGUUUUCGAAAUCAUCUUAUCUCAAAUUACUCCUUUUGGUUCAUUACAGCGGAUUCCGUACGAAAUGAAAGACAAUGUAAUAAGUGCUAAUUUUACAGUUCGUUUCUUGAAUACAUCUGAAGAAGGCUUAUAUCAUCUGUACUUUCAUAAUUGUGCUGAAUUAAAUGUAGAAUCUGGUAAACGUCAUUCAGUUAACUUAACAUUAAAAAUGGUUGAGAAGAAUAUAAACAGUUAUUUAUCUGCUGGUCAACAACCAUUGCCUAUGCUUUAUGCAAUUUCUUGUUUGGCUUAUUUGUUCCUUAGUAUUUUCUGGUUUGUUUACCUUCGCAAAUCAAAAAAUUCGGUUUAUCGAAUUCAUUAUCUCAUGUUAGCAGUUACUGUUGUCAAAUCAAUUUCACUUGGCUUUCAUAGUGUAAAUUAUUAUGUGAUUGGGAAACACGGUGCUCAUGAAGAAAGUUGGGCUGUUAUGUAUUAUAUUACUCAUAUUAUUCGAGGUGCACUUCUAUUUAUCACUAUAUUACUGAUUGGUGCUGGUUGGGCCUUUAUCAAACAUAUGUUAACACCGCGUGAACGUAAUGUGUUCUUGAUUGUAGUACCUCUUCAAGUUUUAGCCAAUAUUGCUACUAUAAUUAUUGAAGAGUCUGAAGCUGGUGCAGCUCGUUAUGCUACAUGGAAAGAAAUUUUCAUUUUUGUCGAUUUAGCAUGUUGUGGAGCAAUUUUAUUCCCUGUUGUCUGGUCUAUUAGACUUUUAAAAGCAGCUUCUCAAACAGAUGGUAAAGCAGCUAUAAAUCUGCGUAAUCUACGGUUAUUCCGUCAUUUCUACAUUCUGGUUAUUUGUUACGUGUAUUUUACACGUGUCAUUGUCUACCUGAUGACAAUCACUGUAGUGUAUUCGUAUUCAUGGCUUGUGGAAUUAUUCAAGGAAACGGUGACUUUCAUUUUCUUUAUUUCAGUUGGUUAUGAGUUUCGUCCAGUUAAUGAUAAUCCUUAUUUACUCGUUUCUGAUGAAGAUGACGGUGAAGAUACUGUAAUGGAACGUAUGCAAAUGGAAGAUAUAUGGUCUCAGUCUGGUUUAACAGAUGGAGUGACACGAGUACAAAGAUCCCAGUCGAAGCGUAAAUCAAAUAUUCCAAUGAAAACUUAUCCAAAAAGUCAAGAUAAAGAAUCAUUACUACAAGGAGUAGAAAAUGCAUAGUUUUAUUCUAAAUAUAUACUUCUCAAUCCUUUCCCAUCUAAUAUCAAUCUACACUGCAAAACAGAUCAAAAAUAAAACGAUUUUAUGUGUAUACACGUUUGUGAAGUGCUAUUACUACUACUUCUUUUGCUACCAACUAUGUGAUUUUCUUUGAUUAUCUUAUUUCUGUUUUGCAGUUUUAUAAACAUGUAUAGUAAAUAUCCAAGUGUAGAUGCGCAUGUAUGGGAAAUUCGUCCCUAUUUCCCCUCCCGCCCACAAAAACAUUUAUGGUACUUUUCUGAUCUUCUUAUAUCCACUCAUGUUGUUUUCCUAACAGAUAUUUUGUACACACUGAUCCUUCUUUUAUGGUUAUUGUUUUUUUCAUACGAUUAUGUUCGUGUGUACGAGGUCUCUCUCUCUCCCUCUCUCUCUCUCUCUCUCUCAUAACAUUUAUCACUUCAAAACAAACCUUUGAGAAAAAUAAACUCAUCUAUUUUGUCAUUUUUAAAUAAAGCAUACAAAAUGCAUGUAAACUUAUCAUUAUAUUGAGUGGAUUUAAAUAAUACUCCACAAUAAAAACGACAGACAACGAUAAAUUUUGAUAGUGCGAUAAGAAGAUGAAGAUUAUCAGAAUUAUGUCAUAUACUUGCGCAAUACAUAGUUUUUAAGUACAUUUGUGAUCAGAUUGUCCGAAAUGUAUUGCGCAAAGACAUUACAUAAUUCUGAUAACCUUCGUCUUCUCAUCGUAUUAUCCAAAUUUAUCAAAGGAACUAAUUGUUUAAGACAACAGUAAAUUGUUUACAUCAAAAUGAUUAGUUUUAUUUUGUUUUACUCCUGGCUUUUGCCUUUUGAUUGUUACUAUCACUAAAUCCUGUAACAUGAUGACUUGCAGUGCAGAUUUUUAUUUGUUCGUUUCCUUUUUUAAACCUCUAAUCCACUUUCUUGUUUGCAGAAAAAAAUAAAAGUAUCUGUAGUUUUCUCACUUCUACUAUCAUAUUAAAAAUAAUAGCUGAAAUAAGAUUUUGUUUGUAU